CUGACAACUUUAUUCUCAAAACACUCCUUAAUAACAACUUUAUCACCAUUUAUUAUUCAUAUUAUUGUCAUAUUACUACAAUAUGACAUUACAACUUGAUUUUCAUGCAGACAUUUGACACAUAAUUCCCUGUUUUCUGGUGAAUAUUUGUGCUACAGUUAGCUGUGAUAAUUGCACUCAGCAGGUCUGCAUGGCCCCUGAGGUAAAAAAGGACAGGUGGGACUAUCAGAUACAGGUGAGGGUAGGGUAAUUUGUCCUAGACAGAAAGGGUCUAGGACAAAUUAAUACAGGGGCAAAACAACAAACAAAGGAAGCUACACAUGAGGAACCAAAUGAGAACAAUAUAAAUAAAAUACAUCACAAAAAGAGGAGGGAUCCUGCGUGACAAAUGGUUCAUUUGGCUAAUAAAGAUAAUAGUUUUUAAUGUGAAUUAAAAUGAAGAUAGAACAUAUGGUUGUUUUGCAAGCUUCACUUAAAGCAUUUUGAUAUAAUUGACAGGGUUAAGUGUAGAGAUACUUGAAUGAGAACAUGGUGACAAAGUUUGAAGAUACCUCUGGUGUCUCAACCUCCUCUGUAUCCAAAGUUUAACUCUACAUAUCCACAUAUUCUACAUAUCUAUAUCUAUGAUGUUGAACAAUUCUUAUUUUCGACUCAGUGUCUGCUUUUUUAGUUCUUCAGGACAAACUUACUUGUAUCGAAUGAAGGAGCAGAUUUUUAAACUACUUAAUGCCACAGCACCUCCUGGUGGUUGAAUGAGUGAGUAAAUAAUUAUGCAACUAUGCCGGUGCACUACAUGCAUAUUCCGCCGUAAAUGUGCAUCGCUAUUUGAGGGGUGAACAGUCCACUCGCCCUCCUCACUCUGUGGUUUGGGACGGCCUUAAAUAUGGCGGAGCCUCUGUGGGGACGCACAAACGGGGGAGGGGGAGUGUGUAGGGUGCAGUUUGGGUUUUGGGCCCAAAAUUCACAUCGCCGCUCCUCUAACUAGGUUAUACAAGAGCUAGAAUUCCCCUCCCUCCUCUCUCACACAGCACUGUCCACUCUGCACAAUCGCUUCCUUGUUCUCUCCCCUUCAGAUCUACAGUUUAAGGUUGGGUGUAACCCCAGUGUGCUGAGCUGAUCCUGUUGACUCACACAUGUUGUUGUGAUCAGUCGUCAAUAGCGAGUGUUGAAAUGGCGCAGAAAAGAGUUCAGCUGGACCAUGAAUCUUUCUCUUGUUCCAUCUGUUUGGAUCUACUGAAGGAUCCAGUGACUGUUACCUGUGGACACAGCUUCUGCAUGAGCUGUAUUCAAACCCACUGGGAUACUGAGGAAGCGAAGAUGAUCUACAGCUGUCCUCAGUGCAGACAGACUUUCACACCAAGGCCUGUCCUGAAGAAAAACACCAUGUUAGCAGGUUUAGUGGAGGAACUGAAGAAGAGUGGACUCCAAGCUGCUCCUGAUGAUCCCUCUGACGCUGGACCUGAAGAUGUGGCCUGUGACAUCUGCAGUGGGAGAAAACGGAAAGCUCUCAAGUCCUGUCUGCAAUGUCUGGCUUCUUACUGCCAGAUUCACCUCCAGCCUCAUUUUGAAUCUCCUACAUUUAAGAAACACAAGCUGGAGGAGCCCUCCAAGAAGCUCCAGGAGAACAUCUGCUCUCGUCAUAAUGAGGUGAUGAAGAUCUUCUGCCGCACUGAUCAACAGUCUAUCUGUUAUCUCUGCUCUUUGGACCAACACAAAGGCCACGACACAGUCUCAGCCGCAGCAGAAAGGACUGAGAGGCAGAAAGAUCUGGAGGAGAGUCGAGAAAACAUCCAGCAGAGAAUCCAGGACAGAGAAGAAGAUGUGAAGCUGCUCCAACAGGAGGUGGAGGCUAUCAACGGCUCUGCUGACAAAGCAGUGGAACACAGCCAGGAGAUCUUCAGCCAGCUGAUCCAUCUCAUGGAGAAACGUCACUCUGACAUGGAGCAGCAGGUCAGAUCCCAGCAGGGACGUGAAGUGAGUCGAGUCAAAGAGCUUCAGGAGAAGCUGGAGCAGGAGAUCACUGAGCUGAAGAGGAAAGACGCUGAUUUGCAGAAGCUCUCACUCACAGAGGACCACAACCAGUUUCUGCACAGCUACCCCUCACUGUCAGGACCGGGUCAACCUGCAGAUUCAUCCAGAAUCAACAUCCGUCCUCAGAGAUACUUUGAGGAGGUGACAGCAGCUGUGUCAGAGGUCAGAGAGAAACUCCAGGAUCUUCUGACAGAGACGUGGACAAACGUCUCACAGGCAGUGACUGAAGUGGACGUUUUACUGUCAGGACCACCAGAACCAGAACCCAAGACCAGAGCUGAUUUCUUAAGAUAUUCACAAAGAAUCACACUGGAUCCAAACACAGCACACAGACGACUGUUAUUAUCUGAUGGAAACAGAAGAGCAACAUUGACACAACAACAGUCUUAUCCUGAUCAUCCAGACAGAUUCACUUGUUAUUAUCCUCAGGUCCUGAGUAGAGAGAGUCUGACUGGACGUUGUUACUGGGAGGUGGACUGGAGAGGGGGCGGGGUUUUAGUAGCCGUCACAUACAAGACUAUCAGCAGAGCAGGGAACUCAGAGGAUUGUAGAUUUGGAUACAAUGACAAAUCUUGGAGGUUAGACUGUUUUACAAACGGUUAUAAAUUUAAGCACAACAAAGUCGACACUUCUAUCUCAGGUCCUCAGUCUUUCAGAGUAGGAGUGUACCUGGAUCACAGAGCAGGUAUUCUGUCCUUCUGCAGCGUCUCUGAAACCAUGACUCUCCUCCACAAAGUCCAGACCACAUUCACUCAGCCGCUUCAUGCUGGACUGUGGUUACCCUGGUCUAAUGGAGACUCUGCUGAGUUUAUUGAACUGAAAUAAACAGAAUUUUGAGUCAAUCAGAACAAAAACAUGGACUGAAAUCCUUGAACUCUUGAAAUGUUCUGGUUUGUAAAUGUUUGUGGAUCAGUCUCACCAAAAACUCUUGGUUCAGUUCUUCAUUUCAGCUUUUUCAUUAUUUUCUAAAGACGCUGAUUUGGUUGCAGCUUUAAGGACAGUGAUUGUUCUUCAUCGUUUGCAUUUCUCAUUUUUUAAAUCUUCACUAAAGUUUGAUAACAAAAACAUCAAGAUGAUCAUUUGUUCAAAUCACCUUCAAUUGGUGCAGAUUUUGAAGGUCUGAGACUUUAGAAAAAAGUGACGUCAAAAUAACAGAAAGAUUAAACAAGGUGUUUGGUUUAAACAAGAAAUCACUCUCUCGCCUCCAACUAGUUCAGAAUGCAGCAGCUAGACUUUUAACUGGUUUUAGUCGACGGCAUCACAUCACCCCAAUUUUAGCCUCCCUUCACUGGCUCCCUGUCAGCUUUAGAAUUGAUUUUAAGAUUUUAUUGAUUACUUUUAAAGCGCUCAAAGGACUUACUCCGAGCUACAUUUCAGAGCUUUUAAUAUCUUAUGAGCCAACUCGCAGCCUCAGAUCCUCUGGCGAAGGCCUCCUGGUCGUUCCAAAGUCGAGGCUCAAGACUAAAGGUGAUAGAGCUUUCUCCAUCAGAGCUCCUCGACUUUGGAACGACCUGCCAGAGGAGAUAAGGCGUGCAGAGACAGUCGCUUCUUUUAAGUCAAUUUUAAAAACUCACUUUUACAGACUUGCCUUUAUGUGAUGCCAUCUUUCAUCUUUUAUUGCCUUUUACCGUUUUUAUUUUUCUCCUUUUUCUUUUACCUCUUUCACCUCUUUCUUAUUUAGACUUACUGCCUUUUUAGCCUUUGUUUUACUUAUAAUCUUUUUAUUGAUUUUAAUGUUUUCAUUUUCCUUUAUUAUAUAUAUAUAUAUAUUUAAUUCCACUUUAUCAUUUAUAUUACCAUCAUUUUAUUUUAUUAUGAUUUUAUUAUUAUUAUUAAUAUCCUCUUUCAUACUUACUAGCCUGUUUUCUUCCCUCCUUUUCUAUUUCUUUUUUUUGCUUUUAUUUUGGUCCUCAUAGUCCCAUUUAUUUUGUAGGGUUCUUGUAUUGCCUGGGUUUCUUACGAAAAGUGAAACAGGCCUACAAUUCAGAGGCCUGUUUUUAACUGAGCUUUUGUUUUUAUGUGUUUUUAUUUUCAAUGUGCUGACGCUCUGUGCUUACAACUGUUGUCUAAGCACUUUGUAAACUUCUGUUUUUAAAGGUGCUAUAUAAAUAAAAUUAUUAUUAUUAUUAUUAUUAUUAUUAAAAAAAAAAGGACAACCUUAUUUUUCUGUCCCAAAUCCAAGCGUCUAAAGUCUUUCCAGUCUCCCCCCAAAACUCUUCAGAUGAUCUGUUUCUUUCUCUGUUUGCUGAAUAUUUGUUUUCAUGUCAUCGAUGGAUAUUUCUGUCUGCUUCUGUUGGAUCAGAGUGUUUGUAAAGACAUCUAGAAUCAGACUUUUGUCAGAUCAACAUGUUGUUAUGAGCUUUUCAAACACUCUUAUAAUAAUCACAUUUAUUAGUCCGACUGUUUUUACGUUUCUGACUCAGCCCAGAUUGUGGUCAAGUCUCUGAUUGUGGUGGAAAAAUAAAAAAAUCAUCAAACUGAGUCACUGAAAAGACCUCGCCUGUUUUUCUUUAUUCGGUCUGUUUUUGCUGGAUGUCAUGUUACCGGUGUGUCUGGGUCACAGAUUCACGUGGUCUGCAGGACUUCCAUGAUGUGUUCAGUCACAGGUGUUACAGGUCCCAGAUGUGAGUCCUGCAGAGCAAGAGAGAGAGAGAGAGAGAGAGAGAGAGAGAGAGAGAGAGAGAGAGAGGGUGUGAUCAUGAAACAAAGUGCUGUACAUAAAAAGUAAAGGAAUAAUAAAUUCAACAUAAAAAUACAUAAAAACUGAACAAACUGAGUUAAAACUGGAGGUAUAAUAAAAUGUUAGGAGAGUAAAAAGAGAAGAACAUUAAAACUGUUUAUAAUUACAGAACAAAUAAAUAUCAGAAUAUAUGUGAUAUGGUGAAAAAUAAAUUAAAAAAUUAAAUAAAUAAAAUCAGAGGACGAGUAUUAUUUGGUCUGUAAAAUAAAUCAAAUUCAGUUCAAAGCCAGACUAAAAAUGUGAGUCUUUAUUUAUUUAUUUUUAAAAAUGGAGACUCUGUGCCAUCCUCAGGCCUUCAGGUUAGCUGAUCCACAUUGAUGGGCAGUAAUAACUCAGGAUGCACCGAAAAUUCUUGGCCGAAAACUGCCCAAAAGUGCAUUUUCGGUUGUUGGCCGAAACCCUUUUCUUACCGAAACAACACGGCUGAAACAGAUGUUGAAAUGACGCAAGCAAAAACCGCGACCAACACGCACUAGUCUGGAUAAGGGAGCUACAUGUCUGUCAUGUGGAUGUAUUUCAGUAUAUCUGAGAACCAAGGAUAGUGAUUAGCAUAGUGUGUAAUGCUAAAAUCUCAAUGGGGUGCAUCUGCAAAGAGUUUAUUAAUGCUGGGUUUAAUUUAUCACCUGAAAUCCAAACAUCCCGAUCGCCAUUUUGAAUAUGAGAAGAACACGACACCAACACAGAGCAGGAGAAUCCCCCCGAGAAUGUUGUAGCCGAAUACACAAGCAGAUGCUGGAGGAAGUUUAACUUCUUCUCACUUUAACAGAAAUCAAACUCGUGCUCAGCACCCGCUCUCGGCUGCUUAAACAGAAAAAACAAACAAAAACACGAACACUUCUUCAUCUAGCUGCGUCUCUACCGCUCACUGAACUUCUUCUCUUAAAACUGUUUUUGCCCCUGACUUGUGGGCACCAUCUAAAAGUGUUACCCAUAAAGAACAUACAGCAGCAACACACUGACUCAAAAACUCAAAACGCCUAGUGCAAUUGCAUAAAUUAAUAUUAAUUUUACAUUUAAUAUUAAAAAACAUUGAUUUAUACAUUGCAAUGCCUUGAUUUUAGAGGUUAGUACACAGUCAUAGCCAUUAAUGUGUAGCAGAUCCCAGCUAGGUCCCCACUGACAGAUAUAUCGCUCAUCCAAUGGUUGGAGUACCCUGGAAAUAUUAAAAAUAUUGCACAGGAAUCAAGAAAACAGGACAUUCAACAGGAUAAUUAAUUAUUUACAUCCACAUCCUAACAACUAAACUGCAAACAUGACUUAUUCUCUGACACUUUUGUCUGCUUUAAAUUAAAGCACAGGUUAUAUCCACAUCUGGAUAAAUUCAAAAGUCUGUUUUCACAUUAGUAUCUUUUUUGUCUUUACAUGUUGUCCAAAAAUAAACAAUUCAACAUUCCCAUUUAACUUCAAAUGAACACUUUAACUUCACUUCACCUGUUCUGUCUGUCUUUACCCAUGUGUGCACUCGUCCAUUACACACACACCUCAUCUUUUCUCUCAUUAAAAGUGUAUUUUUGUAAUAGCUGUUUAUUUCAUACGUGUUCACUAUCAAUAACAGAAUAAAUCCCUGUCACAGUUAAACAGUAUCGUCUUUACACUUUUUAUAAACACAGACUGAAUUGUUGAACAUGGCUACCUCGUCGCUUGCUGCAAUAACCGCUGAACUAGAACCGUGUCAUUGUCUCCUGUUAACGUGCGCGCCACUUCAACAGGACUGCAGCCGUAGCUGAUCUCUAACUACAUAUUUACAUUAUCCUGCCCUGUUUUAAACAGUGCUCAUACACACAACUACUUUUAACACACACAGAAAUUACUCACAAAUGCUCGGGAGCCGAAAGAAUCAUAAGAAAAAGGAAUCAACGAGCUGCGGCGUCGGCGCCAUUUUCUCUCCUACAAUACGCACGUACCGUCAAACUUCGAAGUUUACACUCUUAACACACUUUUAGCUCACCUUUAACACAUCACCGGGGAUUCAUUUUAGCUUAUAAUCAUCUGUGGUCACAUAAAAGACAAAUAACUGACCUGGAAAUAUUAGAAAUAUUUCACAGGAAUCAAGAAAACUGUACAGCUGUUCUUCAUUCUCCAUUCAACCGGAUAAUGAGCUCAGCUCCCGUCGUACCUUAAAGUCACAGUGACGCUAGUGGUCGGUGCUGCCCCCAAGUGUCCAUUUAAUGAAACCAUAUGCCAUCGUGUGUUUCUCUGUAAUUUCUUACAUAAAUAAAUUAGACAGCAAAAUCAAACGUAAUACAGUUGCAAUAAACCAAAAAGUGACUCUUAAAUAAAGGUAAACAAACAGUAAUCAUAUCUCAACAAAGUACAAAGUACUAGAAUUGGUGGCCUCGACUAAAGCCUGCAAAUUGGCAGAAGGUUAAACAGUGACCAUUUACACAGACUCUUGCCCUCUGUGUUGUGCAUGAUUUUGCAGUUCUUUGGAAACGCAGAAAGUUUCUCAAAACUGAUGGUAACUCUAUUCUACAUCAUGCUGAAGUUGCAGCUUUGUCAGAGGCUAUAUUACUGCCAUCACAUAUAAGUGUGCUGCUCACACUUCUUCUCAAGACCCUAUUUCUUUGGGCAGAUGCGAGCGGUGCUGCAGCCGCUAAGUCAGCCGCUUACAAACCUCUCCCUUCCUGUGUUCUGUCUACGUCGGCACUCUCACAGCUCCCGUCGUACAUUAAAGUCACAGUGACGCUAGUGGUCGGUGCUGCCACCAAGUGUCCAUUUAAUGAAACUACACGCCAUCGUGUGUUUCUCUGUAAUUUCUUACAUAAAUAAAUUAGACAGCAAAAUCAAGCGUAAUACAGUUGCAAUAAACCAAAAAGUGACUCUUAAAGAAAGGUAAACAAACAGUAAUCAUAUCUCAACUAAGUACUUAUUUUGCGAGUAUCAUUAAUGCAAUGGUAGCCUACUAAUAAUAAACAUAAUAAUUCCUUUUUGGUGUUUCAGUUUUCAGCAAUGGUUUCCACACUUUGGUUUUCAGUUUUAAAUUUUCAUUUUAGUGCAUCCCUAGUAAUAAUACUUUGUUCAUACUCUAAGUGUUUACCAUGUGCCAGAUUGAUUGCAUAAUCCUAAUCCUAUUGUUGUGUAAUCCUUCAAUAUUCAGCCAGUUAAAAUAAGGGUCGAAGACGGGGGGCAGAAACACUCUCUAUAAUAAGUGGGAGUGGCUGGAAAGCUGCACUAAAUGAAGCACAGAGGAGCAUGUAGGACUGCAGCUCUGCUCCCCGGUCUCCACUCUGUAUUUUCAGUUAGAAAGUUAAGGUUAGACAAAAAUUAAUUUUCUGUUUACCACAUUUCCAUCGAGGAAUUAAACUGCAGCCCUGACAUCCACUUUGACAAAGAAUUACUAACCACACACUCAACAGAUUCUUCGUUUUUUUUUACCACAUGUAUCUUCCUGUUUUUAAGUUGUAUGACCAACCACUAGAAUGUCUUUGCGUGGUGUUGUCUGAAAUCUGUUGCUGUGCCGAUUCAAGAGCUUAUUCUUCUUACACCUCAUGUGUGACUUUGCCCCUUUUUCUGUUAUCAGCCCACACUCACUGAGACUGACUCAGUGAGAUUCAGUAACUCUGACUGUUAACACACUCUCUGUUGCAGUUUCUCCUCUCUUUGCAAAGACCUGAAAUAAAAUGUACAAAUAUUUCAGAAACAAACUUGGAGUCAGAAGACAGAUUUCCUGCAGACGGGGAGUGAUCGUCCAGGACACCAUCAAACAUUCUGCCUGUUCCCCUACAGUUAAGGACUGGAGGACUGACUGCAAGUGGAAUGAGACCCUCAUCCCGGAAUCUAACAAUCUCUAAUCCUCCAAAUCAAAAGGUAAAUGUAUCCAAAAGACAAAAAUUUAACUCAUUUGGAUCUGAAGAUUUCACAAGUCAAUUAACUUUGUGUAAAAGGAUAUGAUUGGUAAAUCCUGGUCACUAUUGUUGCCCACACAGAAAAAUAAGGGGUUAGAGUCCCAGACAGUGGGUUAGAGUCUCACAGGGUACCAGUGUUAAGGUCCUUACACACCAAGCGCGAAUUCGCCAGGCAAAUGAUUCGCCUUUUUUUAAAACAGCUUAAAGUCAAUGCAAGCUUCCACACCGGCGGCGAUUUUUCCGCGGGGCGAAAAGCCGCUUUUAUUUUUUUGCUCUUGUGUCGAAUUUUUCGGAUAUUCGCAGGCGAAUAUCUGGACCUGCUAGACCUCUGGCCAAUCAAAAAUCAUGUUGUUGAUGACGUCACAGACCCAUAUGGCUGGAGGAGAGGGAGAAGUUUGAGAUUAUGAAAACGCAGAGAAAGACAGCUGAGGUGCAUCCAAAACUCUUUCUAAUUACUAUUGAAGUAGUUUCCUCACAAGAUGACACUCUUGUCUUCCUUAGGAGACAGAUGUCAUGCACACUUCACAGGGUGACCGCCUCAUCAUGCCUGAUUCUCCCUCUUAGCUGUUUGACAUACCGAUGAUCUGCAGCUACAGGGCCAACAGAAUGACCAGACAACUUGAAGGAUCACUGUUCAGCACUCGCCUCUCCUGGCUGCUGCGGCGUCACUCACAGCUUUUCCUCCUCUUUCUCCCUCGCUCAUAAUGCUGGACAUGUCAAUCAGCAGCCAUUCACACGACACGCACCACCACUGGCACCAAGAGCAACGAUGGGAGAGAGGCUGGUAAUUGCGGUACAGGACCACCCCGCAUCUCCUCUCCUCCGUGCCGCAAAGCGACUUUAUUAAUUCACUUUGCAAAAAAUAUACGCAUAUUCGCUUUGCGGCCGGUGUGUAUAGGCGAAAGCGAUUUUUCGGACCAGCGAAUAUUCGCAAUUUUCGUCUUGCUUUUUCGCUUCGCACCGCAAAUUCGCCGGUGUGUAAGGACCUUUAGGUUGAAAUGACACACCUGUGCUGGAGAUAUCUUAAGAGUUAAGAGGCCCAGAUGGUAAAAGAAAAAUGGGGUCAAGUGGGAGGGAGAAGAACCCAGGAAACCAUGACACUGAUUGGGGGAUAAAUGUUUGUCUUGUGUAGAGUUUUGGGUGAAAGUAUAUGGUUUUCCUGAGCAAGGAAGUUUGAGUGUGAACCAGCCGACAAAGCUCAGAGUUUAUCUGAGACAGAAGGAAAAGGAAGUUAGGUCAAAGGAAAGAAAGAUCUAGAGAAAAGAGAAGAGAAUUUCUAAUGUUUGAGGACAUGGACGAUUGAAGCAGAAAGUCGAGAAAGAAAACAAAUGAUAAAACAAAUGUCAAAGAAAGAUCAUAAUGAAAAGAAAAUGAUGAGGGGAAAGAAACUGAUAAACCCACACCACUUGUCUCUUGUCUCUCUCCCUCUGUGUCUAGGGUCCAUGGCAAAGAGGUGUUAUCCUACCGCUCUACCGAAUCCAGUGAAUCCACCACCCAACAACAAGGACACUGGUUGUACAGUAAGAGGAGCACAAUUGCUGUAUCACCCCAACAGCAGUAAACCAAAGACAUGGACCAGAAGUCUCCUCAAGUCCCAGUCUUUCAGCUUUUUGAUUCUUUUCUAAAGAUGCUGAUUUGGUCGCAGCUUUAAGGACAGUGAUUGUGGAGAACUUUGAUUGUUUACAUAUCUUAUUUUGAAAAAUCCUCAUAGAGUUUGAUUAGCAACAACAUCAAGAUGAUCAUAUGUUCAAAUCACCUUCAGUUGGUGCAGAUUUUUAAGUCUGAGACUUUAGAAAAAAGUGACGUCAAAAUAACAGAAAGAUGAAAAAGGACGACCUUAUUUCCAAAUCCAAGCGUCUAAAGUCUUUCCAGUCGUCCCCAAAAACUCUUCAGAUGAUCUGUUUCUUUCUCUGUUUGCUGAAUAUUUGUGUUCAUGUCAUCGAUGGAUAUUUCUGUCUGCUUCUGUUGGAUCAGUGUGUUUGUAAAGGCAUCUAGAAUCAGACUUUUGUCAGAUCAACAUGUUGUUAUGAGCUUUUCAAUCACUCUAAUAAUAAUCACAUUCAUUAGUCCGACUGUUUUUAUGUUUCUGCCUCAGCUCAGAUUGUGGUCAAGUCUCUGAUUGUGGGAGAAAAAAAUAAAAAUCAUCAAACUGAGUCACUGAAAUCACCUCGUCUGUUUUUCUUUAUUUGGUCUGUUUCUGCUGGAUGUCAUGUUACCGGUCCGUCAGGGUCAUGGAUUCAUGUGGUCUGCAGGACUUCCAUCAUGUAUUCACUCACAGGUGUUCCAGGUCCCAGAUGUGAGUCCUGCAGAUGGAUCAGGUUUUUUUUAAAUGAGAGGUAAAAGACCGGCUGCAGGUUGUGCGUCUCUUUCUCUCAUUUCUGUCAGACCAAACUUAGAAAUACAGAGAGAGAAAUUUUGAUUUUAAAGACAAACUUAAUUUACAGUUAGUUAUAAAUAUUUACAGAGGAAAGAGAAAAAAAUAAUGAACACUGAGUAUCAGUUUAACUUUUUUACAUAUUGAAACAAAGACUGAAAACCAGUUUCUCCUCCUGUACAGAGCAGAUGAUGUCUCUGAAAAACCACAUCAGACACAGCCUUGGAGAAGCUCAAGUCCACCUGCACUCUGGCUCUCACCCAGUUUCUAUUUGAGUUGUAAACCUGCUCUAAAGAUAGAAAAUGAAUAACCAGAGAGAGAGAGAGAGAGAGAGAGAGAGAGAGAGAGAGAGAUUAUUAUAUUAUACACACACGCACACAAGGAAUCAACAACUACAAAAUAAAACAGGAAAUAAACACUGAAAACUGAUCUAAAGAAUAAAACACAGAGAACAGGAGGGAACAGGGUCAAAGAAAAACUGAAAACUCACAAGACUGGAUCACAGGAACUAUAGAGAAAAUACACAAAAUGCACUCAAAUAACAAAACCAGGUGAAAAGUCGUCACCCCUCAGAUUACACCAGAUUGAGCUCCUCAUUCCUCUUCUUGUUUAGGAUCAUCUAGACCUGAUAUCUGUGAGAGACCACAUGGCUCAGCUGGGUACACUGGAGAAGAUCACCUUUCUGGAUGGCAGAGAAAGAGGAGACACAGAUUAGAGAAAGUAUUAUGAGAAGAGUAAAUAGAGAAUAAACAAAAGCAAACAACACAUAAAGAAAGAAAACAAGUUAGAAGAUUAAUGCUCCCUCAGAGGUCAACAAGCCAGAGAGAAAGAGAGAGUUUGUUAAAUGUGAUGUAUGUUUAAGUAUGUGUGGAUAUAAGGAUAAAACAGUGGAAGUGUUUCUGUGAUUCAUGAUGUUUAUAUGAGGGGAAUAAAUGUUGGUGCAGUUGAUCUUCUGGAUGGCUGCAGCUUUAAUAACCUCUGCGUGUCAGAGCUCAAAGUCUAAAGUUCACAUCGCCACUCCUCUUUCUGAAUUGUAGAUAAAUUGGAUUUCCCCUCCCUCCUCUCUCACAGCUCACUCCACUCUGCUCACUCACUUCCUUGUUCCCUUCCCUUCAAAUCUACAACCUUCAUGUGCUGAGCUGAUCCUGCUGACUCACACAUGUUGUUGAGAUCAGAGCUCAGACUAGUUGUACUUCUCAAGAAAUUAAACUCAGUCAGUCGUCGACAGUGAGUGUUGAAAUGGCGCAGAAAGGAGUUCAUCUGGACCGUGAGUCUUUCUCUUGUUCCAUCUGUUUGGAUCUACUGAAGGAUCCGGUGACUGUUAACUGUGGACACAGCUUCUGCAUGAGCUGUAUUCAAACCUACUGGGAUAAAGAGGAUGAGAAGAAGAUCUACAGCUGUCCUGAGUGCAGACAGACCUUCACACCGAGGCCUGUCCUGAUGAAAAACACCAUGUUAGCAGGUUUAGUGGAGGAACUGAAGAAGAGCGGAUUCCAAGCUGCUCCUGAUGAUACCUCUGAUGCUGGACCUGAAGAUGUGGCCUGUGACGUCUGCAGUGGGAGAAAACUGAAAGCUGUCAAAUCCUGUUUGUUCUGUUUCAUCUCAUUUUGCAAAAAACACCUCCAGCCUCAUUAUGAAUCUACUGCCUAUGCUAAACACAAGCUGGUGGAGCCCUCCAAGAACCUCCAGGAGAACAUCUGCUCUCGUCAUGAUGAGGUGAUGAAGAUCUUCUGCCGCACUGAUCGACAGUCUAUCUGUUCUCUCUGCUGUUUGGACCAACACAAAGGCCACGACACAGUCUCAGCUGCAGCAGAAAGGACUGAGAGGCAGAAAGAUCUGGAGGAGAGUCGAGAAAACAUCCAGCAGAGAAUCCAGGACAGAGAGGAAGAUGUGAAGCUGCUCCAACAGGAGGUAGAGGCUAUCAACGGCUCUGCUGAUAAAGCUGUGGAGCACAGCCAGGAGAUCUUCAGCCAGCUGAUCCGUCUCAUGAAGAAAAGUCACUUUGACGUGGAGCAGCAGGUCAGAUCCCAGCAGGAACGUGAAGCAAGUCUGGUCAGAGAACUUCAGGAGAAGCUGGAGCAGGAGAUCACUGAGCUGAAGAGGAAAGACGCUGAUCUGCAGAAGCUCUCACUCACAGAGGACCACAACCAGUUUCUGCACAGCUACCCCUCACUGUCAGGACCGGGUCAACCUGCAGACUCAUCCAGAAUCAACAUCCGUCCUCUGAGAUACUUUGAGGAGGUGACAGCAGCUGUGUCAGAGGUCAGAGAUAAACUCCAGGAUCUUCUGACAGAGACGUGGACAAACGUCUCACAGGCAGUGACUGGAGUGGAUGUUUUACUGCCAGAACCAGAGCCAGAACCAGAGCCCAAGACCAGAGCUGGUUUCUUAAGAUAUUCACGAAGAAUCACACUGGAUUCAAACACAGCACACAGACAACUGCUAUUAUCUGAUGGAAACAGAAGAGCAACAUCGACACAACAACAACAGUCUUAUCCUGAUCAUCCAGACAGAUUCACUGGGUAUCGUCAGGUCCUGAGUAGAGAGAGUCGUACUGGAUGUUGUUACUGGGAGGUGGACUGGAGAGGGAACGGAGUUGAUGUAGCAGUGGCAUAUAAGACUAUCAGGAGAGCAGGGGACUCAGAGGAUUGUGUAUUUGGAUAUUAUGACAAAUCUUGGAGGUUAGACUGUUAUAAAGACAGAUAUGAAUUUAUUCACAACAAAGUCCGCAUUUUUAUCUCAGGUCCUCUGUCCUCCAGAGUAGGAGUGUACCUGGAUCACAGAGCAGGUAUUCUGUCCUUCUACAGCGUCUCUGAAACCAUGACUCUCCUCCACAGAGUCCAGACCACAUUCACUCAGCCACUACAUGCUGGACUGGGUCUUUUGUAUCACGAAGCCUCUGCUGAUUUUAUUGAACUGAAAUAGAAUUUUGAGUCAAUCAGACUUAAAACAUGUAAUGAGAUCAUUGAACUCUUGAAAUGUUCUGAUUUGUAAAUGUUUGUGGAUCAGUCUCACCAAAAAC